AAUUUACUGAGGUUUAUUCAUCAGUCAUCACACAUUGUUUCAUCGUCAUCUUGCUCUUCCUUCUAUCUAACAUGAACCCUUGAGUACACAACCAACCAGUAAACACCUAUACACACACUAUACAUACACAAACAUUUCACCUCAUCUCAUGGCGGUCUCUGUACGCGCCGUGAACAACUGCGCCGUCCUCCGCUCCGUCGCCGCGCCGCCGUUAUCCGUUAUCCGGCACCGGAACUUCACCUCCUUACUCCAGUUCCGAGAUUCUCGCCGCCGGAGCUCGAAAUUUUCUGAGAUUAGAUACUCAUUUCAUCAGUCGAGAUGCGUGUUAGGUGUUCGAAGCUAUUCGCUGCAGAGUCUGUUCGAUUCUAUUAUGGAAGAGUUUGAAAGUAUGCGAAAAAAUCGCAGCAGAGUUUCUGCCACUAAAAACAAAUUAGAAAUUAUAACCAGUGAAAACCUUGUUGAAGAUAAGGUGGAAAAGAGGGCACUAAAAAAGGGGCUGUUGCUGGAGUUUAAAAAAGAUUCUGAAAGGUUUUUGCUAGCAGUUACUCAGAAACCUGAUGGCCGGAAGAACUGGAUGGUUUUUGAUCAGAAUGGUGUCACAACUUCUAUUAAACCACAACAGAUAACUUAUAUUGUUCCUGGUGUCGAAAAUUUUAACAACACAGAUAUUUCAGAUUUUAUUCAGAAGGCUCAUAAUAACUUGGAUACCACGCUUCUUGAGUUUGCUUGGGUUGAGCUUUUGGAGAGUAAGAAGUCUGUCACUACAGAAGAAUUAGCUGAGAUGAUUUUUGGUAGUUCGGAGCCUCUUGAGAGCUAUUGUGCUCAUCUAUUGGUUUCAAGAGAUGAAAUAUACUUCACAUCUGUACAUAGCAAAGGUCCUGCAGUUUAUGGACCCCGAACCACUGUUCAGGUAGAAGAACGUCAACGCCGGAAGCUUGCUCAGGAAGCUGCUGAUAAGGAAUUUGAGGAAUUUAUCAAAUUACUAAAAUCUGCCAGGGGACUGCCUCUAAAUUCGAAGCCCCCCAAAUCUUCAUGGAAAGUUGAUGAGAGUGUUUGGCGUAAAAUUGAAUCUCUUGAAGCUUAUGCCCUUGAUGCUUGCAAAAAUGAUGAACAAAAAACAGCAGGGACGAUCUUGAAGGCAAUGGGAAUGGUUAAUAAAUCUUCUUCAGCAGUUGGUCUCCUCAUUGAUAUUGGGUAUUUCCCGGUGCAUGUAAAUCUCGAUUUGUUAAAGCUCAACAUUCGUACAGAUUAUGAAAGUGAUAUUCUAUCUGCUGCUGAAAAUCUUCUCUUGGAAUCAUCUGACGCAGAUGAGGUGGACAGAGUAAAUUUGACUCACUUGAAGGUUUAUGCAAUUGAUGUCGAUGAAGCUGAUGAGCUUGAUGAUGCAUUAAGUGCAUCAAGACUGCAGGAUGGAAGGAUUAAGGUCUGGAUACAUGUUGCAGACCCAAGUAGUUUAGUUCAACCAGGUAGCAUUUUGGACAGGGAGGCAUUUAAAAGAGGAACUUCAGUGUUCUUACCAACUGCUACUUAUCCAAUGUUCCCCGAAAAGCUUGCAAUGGAAGGGAUGAGCAUGAAGCAGGGAAAGCUUUGCAAUGCAGUUACAGUAUCUGUUGUACUGCAUUCUGAUGGCAGCAUUGCAGAGUACAACAUUGAAAAUUCUUUUAUCAGACCAACUUAUAUGCUGACAUAUGAGAGUGCUUCGGAGCUUCUUCAUUUAAAUCUCUCGGAGGAAGCUGAACUGAGACUUUUAUCCGAGGCUGCGGCACUUAGGUUGCAAUGGCGACGGGAGCAGGGUGCAAUAGAGACAACCUCACUAGAAACACGAAUCAAGGUGGCUAACCCAGAUGAUCCAGAUCCAACCAUUAAGUUAUAUGUCGAAAACCAAGCAGAGCCUGCAAUGCGACUUGUGUCUGAGAUGAUGAUAUUAUGUGGAGAAUCUGUAGCUACCUUUGGCUCUUGUAAUAAUAUUCCUCUACCCUAUAGAGGGCAGCCCCAAUCAGAUAUUGAUUUAUCUGCGUAUGCUCAUCUUCCUGAAGGGCCUGUAAGAACUUCUGCUAUCAUCAAGAUCAUGCGGGCAGCUGAGAUGGAUUUCAGGAAGCCUAUCCGCCAUGGAAUAAUGGGACUUCCUGGUUAUGUUCAGUUUACAUCUCCUAUCCGCAGAUAUAUGGAUCUUCUUGCUCAUUAUCAGGUGAAAGCAUUUAUAAGAGGUGAGAGCCCGCCAUUUUCAGCUGGUCAGCUGGAACAGAUGUCAUCAAAUGUAAAUAUGCAGGCUAAAGUUGCAAAGAAACUAUUUAACAGCAGUCUGCGGUAUUGGAUACUAGAAUACUUGCGAAGACAGCCCAAAGAGAAAAGGUUCCGUGCAUUGAUACUUAAAUUCGUCAAAGAUCGAAUUGCAGCUUUGCUACUAACAGAGGUAGGAUUUCAAGCUACUGCAUGGGUUUCUGUUGGGUCCCAGAUUGGUGACGAAGUUGUGGUUCGGGUGGCAGAAGCUGAUCCACGUGAUGAUUCUCUUUCCCUCAAGGAGAUAGUUCAAGACUUUUCCAGCAGCAAUAGUCAAGAUAUCAGCUCUGGUGCAUGAUUUGUUUUCCUUGAAAGAGGCACUUCUUUCUAUUCCUUUCAGCUUUCAGCAGGUUUAGAAACUUAAAUGUUUUGCCUGCACUGCUGAAAUGACUCGUGCCAGUGACUACAUAAAACUAAUCAUUCAUUUAGUACAAGAAUGUUCGCUAAAAAUGGGGGCUCUGAGAAGUUUAUUGACAGACUGGUUUAGUGCCCAAGAGAAAAGCUUCCACAAUGCUGUGGUGGCGUGGUGCACAUUCGUCCUCAUCUCAAUGCUGAAAUAUUGGUGUUAGAAUACGAAAAUUUUGCUUGAUCUCAGAAAUGAAAUUAUGAAGAUUUUUGCCAACAUCUGUUCGAUACGUCUCCAUGGCCAGGUUUUACUACAUCCUUUGUAUAUUUAUUUCUGCCUUCUGUAAAGUGGAGUUGGAUGCCACACAGUAGUACCUAGAGUAAUUAGAUAGAUAUUUUACUUGUUACUGAUUGUAACAAUGCUAGCCGAGGGCUAAAAUAUGUCACUUUUAAAUGCUAACAUAAUUACUGGUAAUCAUAUACACGUAAUUUUAACUUGUGUA